CCCUUUGGGCAGGACUUUGGGCUUUUUCCACUUUGCAAACCUGUUACAUGCACAAAAAAAUAUAUAUAACUCAAUAAAGGAGAGGGAAAAAGCCAAAAAGCAUAAUACCACCUCUUUAAGGCUUCUUGGUUCAGUUAUGGUUGAGCAAUAUUCUGCGCUGUGUUCCUGGUGACCCGUGGGUGCUUCGGCACCUGGCUAAACCUCAGAGAUUCCACCUUUAAGCAGGGACUAUUAAGGUUGUAUGUUUGUUGUUGUUGUGAAUGUGGGUAUCUGUAUGUACAUCAGCCUUUAGAAUGAUUAUAAUGAAGUGUUUUCUUCUCCAGUUUGUUUAUCUACUAGUUUUUGUCUUUUGUCUGGAAAGUACAGCAACUGCCUUGGCUUAUUUUCACUCUACAAAGUUGCAGUGUUGUGGUGUCCAUGACUACAGAGACUGGCUGGAAACCUCCUGGUUUAACCAAACAGGAGGACUCUUGGUUCCUCGCAGCUGCUGCAACUCUACUUUCCCCUCCUGCAAUGGCACUGUGGACCAGCCAUGGCAGCUUUAUGAAAAGGACUGCCAGGUGAAGCUGGAGAUGGCCUUACAGUUUGUGCUGAGUUUCAUCAUCUGGGGCUCCCUGCUGUUUUUUGUUGCGGAGGUGCGAAAAACUUUAUAACAUUUUUGGACUAUUUGUGUACACUUAAUACAAAAUGCAUCCUGACAGAAAAACAAAACACAGAUAGAAAGAAUAUUUUGCUACUUUAGAUUGGUGGUUCCUUAAAAGUUCAUUAACUGAUCUUUUAAUUUCUUAUUAGAUUUUUUGUCCAAGAUGUAUACACAGCAUGGAUAUAUUAUCACCUUUAUACCUUAUAAAGUUGUUUUGGCGAAUGUGGUGAACAGUGUUUCUGAUCACCCAGUGAAUUUAACUCCAAUCUUCACUCUGCUUUAGCUCUGUUUUUGUCUCCACCACCUCCAGGUGGAAAUAUCUGGCUCUUUAGCUGCUAAAUA